AUGAAGUCUGUAAGUGCAGCACAUCCAUGUACUGUGUGCCAGAAGAGAAAGGUUAAAUGUGACAGGAAUCAACCAGUUUGUCACAACUGUGCUGCAAGAAAUGAGAUAGACGAAUGUAUCUACGAAAAUAAACGGUCGAAUAAGCGAGUAAGAGUCGGAUCUGAACCUAGCAAAUACGAUACUGAAUUAUAUUCACUGUGGAAUGAAUAUGAGAAUUUAUGGCUUCGUGAUGUAAUGGGCCAAAAACAAAACGUGACUGACAAUGGGAUGGCACCCGGAUUGGAUAAUCUACAUAAAAUCAAUUAUAUGGACUUUUAUGACGUCCUGAUAUCUAAAGAUUUGUCUUUCGAGAUACUCAAUUACUCACUAGAAAGAUUGGGAUGGUUAUACUUUGGUCUUUUCAGCGACGUUGGGGAAAUUCUCGUUGAAAUGGAGAAAUUUUGGUCCUAUUAUGAAAGCUCACGCUUUGACCCAACCGAAGGUGAUAAAUCAGUUGACAGUAUAGAGCUCUUUCAGAGCAUUGAUCAACUUUUAUGGGAUCUAAUAUUGCGAUCAAUUCUUACCACUACCGUCUUUUUCAUGCCUGUGCAUGAACUUCAGCGAUUAUUAAACGUUGAAAAGUUUAGAGAAUAUAUACCUGAUCUUGCAGAAAAAAGCGAAUGGGAUGAGAAUACUCGUUUUCAGACAUUCUCUGUGCUUUUAAGGUUAACUUUGCAGAAGCUAUUGAGAGUUAUUUUCACUAUUAACAAUGACCUCAGGAUCGUUCAGAUUUUUUUGAUCUUAAGCAACACCUCAUUUCAUCAAAUAUACCCAACUUUGGGAACUAACCUGCUUGUGCAUUCCAUUCACUUAACAAACUCGUUGGGUGUAAAGGACUUUAAAUUGAAAAUAAAUGAUACAGCAACCUCCAGGCUACGAAAGCUGACUUUCCAAAAUAUAUGGUUCCGUUUGUCAACUAUCGAUUAUUUGACAUCCACGCCUUAUAAUCCAAUAAAUUUACAUUCUCAAAAUAAGUCCAUUAUUAAGCAAAAUUAUUUGGUCACACGUCUUGACACUGAUAUGGUUGAUGUUUAUGAUAUUGAAAAUACGCUGGAGUCUUUAAGAUGGGAAAUUCUAAGUUUGGAUCGUGAUUUAGAAGAAACUAAUUCACCUUCGUUGAAGACUUUAGCUUCGAUAAAAGAUUUACUAAUCCUUUUGGAUAAAAGAAUUCAAAAUAUUAGUAACGAAUCAUCUAUAAAUAAGAAAUUUGAGAUAUUCAUCUUAAAAUUACAAUCAAGUUUUGUUCUUUGGAAAACUCUAAGAGCAGAAUUUACUCAACAUGGAGUUGCUAGUGGUUUUCAAAAGCUGUGCUUUCAGUCUCAAGUAAUAAUCGGUCUAUUUCUAACCAAUAUUCAAGAUAAUGUGCCUGAAUUCAAUUCUUAUUUCUUAUGUUUUUAUGUUCUUUCUAGAAUCUCGGCAUUCCAUUCUUUUUAUGAAAUAUUCUUCGUUUCUGAAGAGAAUGAACAAUUGAGUACUGAUUGCAUUGAAAUAUUUGCAAUGAUGUCGCAUAAUUAUCAGCCAUUGAAUAUCGGAAUUUUGUCAGACCUAUCACGAUUUGGUAAGCUUAAAACUUUAAAACAAUCGGUUAAAGUUAUAGAUGGAAACAAUAAACUUAAUCAUCCUGUGCAUUAUAUCUUAAGGGAAGACAUUCAAUUAUUCCGUCGCAUGCUUGGAUAUAAAAAAAAUAUCACAUCGUCAUUUGAUUCUUCGAUAGAUGAUAACCUAGAGAACAGCAACAUGAGUAAAGAAUUCUUAGAAAUAGUCAAUGGUUUUAGAAGUUCACAUCCUCUUUUUGUCGAAACAUGGAACUAA